AGGAGCUCAUAAGCCGUGAAGAUUCCAACAUUCCAGAUGGUUGUUUCCACCUUACGUGCCUCUCACUUGGGCAAACAGCAUGCCAUUAGAGAUCAGCCAUCCAUUUUUGACGUUCUUUCCCAGGAAAGCCUUAUGACGGCGCUAAAGCCAGCCAUGGGGCACGUCAUCAAGUUCCUCGCUGUCAUGUACUCACAUCGAUUCCAAACGGCUCAUCGAUACUACGACGAACUGUAUUUGCUCUUUGAUCUCUUGCUUCAAAACCAGUACCUCAAGAAAUAUGGUGCAUCAUUUUCGGAAAACUUCUAUGGUAUGAAGAGGAUAGUCAAUUCAACGGGUGUGCCUCCUGUGCGAACCAAUGAUCGCCUUCGUUCGCUCAUUGUUUUAGUACUGUGGCCAUAUGUUAGGGACAAGUUUGACAAAUGGCAUGAGAUUUGGAUUGACAGACUUCGAGCAGCUAGCGCUAGGACAGCAGACAUUCGAGUGAAACUCGCUCGAUUAUUCGUUCGUCUAUGGCCUGUCAUCAAAUCGUUUCUCACAUUUGCGACCAUGCUACUUCAGUUGUUGUACAUUGUGAAUCGUUCUUCCGUGCAUUCCCCAUUUCUCUGGCUAGCUGGCGUUAGGUUAGAAAAGUUAACGGCUCAAGAUAUGGAAGCUUUUGAAUACAUCCCUCUUCACUUGCAAGGAUCAGGAAUUUUCAAUCGACUGUGGCGUUUCCUCCUCGCCUUCCCAGGCGUAUUUUCGAGAUUGUUUGGAUACGGUCUAUUCUUUAUUCAAUUCAUUGACUUCAUGUACAACAGUGAAUUCGGCUCACAGCUUAUUCGGAAAAAUCCGCGCGGUCACGCACCUCCGGCUCCUCACAAACUUCUGACUGAAUCGAGUGUUCUAAUGCUGGACACGAACAAAUGCCCACUUUGCAUGAGAAAAAGGACAAAUGAUACAGCAUUAUCAGUAUCCGGUUAUGUGUUCUGUUAUUCUUGUAUAUAUGAUCACGUCAACCAGUUCAAAACGUGUCCAGUGACGGGUUUGCCGGCUACCGUAAAUGAGCUCAUUCGGCUGUACAUACACUAAUGCAUGUGAUUUUUCUCACGAAUA